AUGCACGAAGAUGACAAGGCGAAAACCUCUUUCAUCAUCGAGAGAGGGACCUACUGUUACAAGGUCAUGCCCUUUGGGCUAAAGAACGCUGGAGCAACAUACCAAAGGCUCGUGAAUAAAAUCUUCAAGGAGCAGAUCGGCAAGACUAUGAAAGUCUACGUAGACGACAUGCUGGUCAAAGCCCCAAAACGUGCAGAUCACAUCAAAAACCUUGCCGAGGCAUUCAACCUGCUACGCCAGUAUCACAUGAAGUUGAACCCAAUUUCCGCGAGAAAGUUACGACCCUACUACCAAGCUCACCGAGUCAUCGUCAUGACCGACUUUCCUUUGAGAUCAAUACUUCACAGCCCUGACGCUUCCCAGCGACUCAUGAAAUGGGCUAUAGAACUAAGUCAGUAUGACCUCCUCUACCGGCCAAAAACUGCAAUAAAAGCCCAAGCUCUAGCAGACUUUGUGGCAGAAUUCACCUCACCAGCCGAAGAAGAGAAGUUGGUCAACAAUAAGAAGGAAAAAUCAAAAGCAGACGGCACCUCCGAUGAACCUGACGAACCCACAGACAUGUGGCAAUUGCGCGUAGACGGAGCGUCGAACCAAAAAGGAGCGGGAGCAGGCGUCGUCAUCAUCACCCCGGAUGGGACCCUAUUAGAGCAAGCCAUCACGCUUGGCUUCCCAGCCUCGAACAACGAGGCAGAAUACGAGGCAUUGCUCGCUGGCCUGCGCUUGGCAAAGGAGUUAGCAAUAAAGAAGCUAGCCAUCUACUCAGAUUCCCAGUUGAUCACAAAUCAAGCGUCAGGUGAAUACAUGGCGAAACACCCAAGGAUGAUCUUGUACCUUGACAAAGUCCAAGAGCUAUUGAAGGCGUUUCCUACAUUCACCAUCCAACAGGUGCCUCGAGCAGAGAACGCGCAUGCAGAUACCCUGGCAAGCCUAAGGUCCGCGCUGGAUACCCAAUUCAGACGCUCCAUCCCGGUCGAACACUUAGACCGACCAAGCAUUGAAGAAAUAGAGCCAAUCGACGCAAUGCAGAUUGACGAGGACCCCAGCUGGCAGGACCCCAUCAUCGACUACCUAAGGAAUGGAAAUCUACCAAAGGACAAGUCCGAAGCCAGAAAAGUCCAGCAGAAAGCAGCGAAAUACUACAUACAAGGCAACAAGCUCAUCUGCAGAUCAUACUCCGGCCCUCAUCUUACCUGCAUAAAGUACCCUCAAACACUCGAGGUCCUUUGCAAAAUUCACGACGACAAGUGUGGCAACCACUCUGGGGGCAGAUCACUAGCCUAG